CGAGAGAGACAAACAGAGAAGGAAAAGGGAGAGAUAGAGGAGGGGAGAGGGAGAUAAAGUCACACACGCGCGCAGCGAGCGAGCGAGAGAGAGAGGGAGGGAGAAGUGGGGAAGUACUUAGAGAGGAGACGCAUCAUCUGUGCAGUGGUGGAAGCAACAUCUCCUGGUCGCGGUCCGGCAGCGCAGCAGCUCAUCCUCCUCCUCCUCUCCACGUUGUUUCACUUGAGUGGGUCUGCGGCGAUGUGGAUUUACGCGCUCGUGUUCGGACUCUGCGUCGCGUCCUGUUCUGAGGCCAAGCGGAAUGCGCUGCAGGACUACCAGAAGAGCGACGGCACCCGGCUGGUUCCCGCGCCCCCGGACUCCUCCCACCAGACCAAGAGCAGGAGGCUGAGCGUGGCCCGCUGCGCCAAGGCCUGCAGCCGCAACAAGAGGCUGCCGUUCACGUGCAGAGCGUUCCUCUACGACCAUAAAAACAGGAAAUGCCAGUGGCUGUCGUUCGACAGGAACUCGCCGGGGGUCGUGAGCCAGCAGGACUCCAACUACCAACUCUAUCAAAAGAAAGACUACGUCCGAGAGUGCAUCGUGGGCACGGGUCAGAGCUACAGGGGUCGGAGGUCGGUGACGGUGACGGGGAUCCCGUGCCAGGCCUGGGCCUCGCCCGUUCCCCACGAACACAAAUUCAUGUCUAAGAGGUUCAUAAAGAAGGACCUGAGAGAAAACUACUGCCGCAACCCGGACAACUCCACCGUCGGCCCGUGGUGCUUCACCACUGACCCGCGGCCACAGCUCAGACACCAGGAGUGUGGCAUACCGCAGUGUUCCCAAGUGCAGUGCAUCAACUGUAAUGGGGAGGACUACAGAGGACCCAUGGACCACACAGAGAGCGGGAAGGAAUGUCAGCGCUGGGACCUGGACGAACCACACAAACACCUGUAUCACCCCAAGAGGCAUCCUGACAAGGGCCUGGAUGAUAACUACUGCAGGAACCCAGACGGACGCCACAGACCCUGGUGCUUCACCACGGAUCCAAACACGCCGUGGGAGUACUGCCACAUCAAAGUCUGCGAAACGCCUUCCGAAAGGAACACGGCGCUGGAAACGACAGCGUGUUACCAGGGCGGGGGGGAGAACUACAGGGGGACGGUGGACAUGACGCCCACCGGACUGGCCUGCCAGCGCUGGGACUCCCAGUAUCCCCACAACCACACGUUCCUACCUGAAGCCUACCCCUGCAAGGACCUGAGAGAGAACUACUGUCGGAAUCCAGAUGGCCAGGAAUUCCCAUGGUGCUUCACUACGGACCCCAGAGUACGCACAAUGUUCUGCACCAACAUCCCUCAGUGCGGCGCCCAAAACAAGCCUGUCAGCGAGUGCUACGACGGCUUCGGGGAGCAUUACCAAGGAGAGCAGACGAGGACUCGAUCAAACCUGCUCUGUGCUCCGUGGACCGACCACAGCAACAGUGGCGAGAGGGGCAUGCUGACCGCGGGCCUGGAGGGAAACUACUGCAGAAACCCUGAUAAAGACAAACACGGCCCCUGGUGUUACACCAACAACUCUGCCAUACCCUGGGAUUACUGCAGCGUGAAAGCAUGUGAUGCUUCGCAGAACGCCAUUCCGCUAGGGGAGCUGUCCUCCGUGGGUUGUUUUGUCCAUAAGAGGACCAGAAUCGUAGGAGGAGGUCCAGUGAGCAUAUCGGACGGCAGCUGGAUGGUCAGCAUACAGAAAGGAUCGGUGCACUGGUGUGGAGGGUCACUAAUAAGAGAGGAGUGGGUCCUCACUGACCGACAGUGCUUCUCCUCAUGUGUUCCGGACCUCAGCGAGUACCGGGUGUGGCUGGGAGUCUCAGACAUUCAAGAUGGCGCCCCUGACUGGUCCAAGAGACAGGAAGUCAGCAUAGCUCAUGUGAUAUGUGGUCCUGAGGGUUCGAGCUUGGCCCUCCUAAGGCUGGCUAAGCCGGCUUUUCCAGCAGACAACGUCCACACAAUUCAGCUGCCGGUGGCCGGAUGCUCCAUCCCAGAAGGAACGAUUUGUAAAAUGUAUGGAUGGGGCGAAACCAAAGGCACUGGGCACGAAGAUGUCCUGAAGGCGGUGGACCUGCCCAUUGUCAGCAACCAGAGGUGCAGAGAGAUGCACAGAGGGAACAUCCACAUCACCAACACCAAGAUCUGUGCAGGAGGCAAGAGGAACGAGGGCGUGUGUGAGAGGGAUUAUGGCGGCCCGCUCGUGUGCCAGGACGGCGACAUCAAGGUUAUUGUGGGAGUGAGCGUCCACGGCAGAGGGUGCGCUCGGGCCAACCAGCCCGGCAUCUUCAUCAACGUGCCCUUCUACACACAGUGGAUCUACAAGGUCUUCAAAUAUUACCCCAACCCCGAGGCCGUCUAGGGGCCCGACAGCAAACACACGGCCACCGUGGGACUCGGUGGAGGCUCCAGCCUCCGCUCCUGUGAAUCCCUCAGGACCUGCUCUCUGUGCUUAUACUUACAGCCCACAGAUCAACAGGAGGCCCUCUUUAUAGAUGCAGGAGAGAGAGAGAGAGAGAGAGAGAGAGAGAGAGAGAGGAGCAUCAUUAACCAACACUAACUAUUAGAAGGAAAAGUUGACAGUGUUCAGGUCUCGGAUGUGAAAUAUGUGCCGAAGCAGCUAAUAGGACAGAGAGGGGAGCACUGCAAGUCGAAUGCGACGUCUUAGUUUAAGUUGGGAGCAAACAAAUAUUCCGAUUUUACUCACUCGUCCUAUUGGUCUCCUAUUGGUAGCAAACCCAUGUGUGCAUGUGAAUAUUCCUGGCGUUACUUGAAUGUUUUAAACACCAAAGUGCAGUGGUUCAGCAGUAGAGUACAUGAAUGGGCCACUUAGGAACCAUCCCAAGUUAAGGGCACUCUGAGCAAGUGCCACGUGUCUCAAGGGGCUGAGAUGAGCUCCUUACUGUACAUAGUAUUUUAAUGAGUGUAUUUAUGACACUCUGAAGGCGAUUUGGGUCUUAUAGAUCUAUAACAAGAACAUGAAUGUUGUCCUCGGCAGAUAAAUAAUGUAGAGUGUGUCAUCAAUACAGUAUUUCAGCUUUCUGUCUCAAACACCAAAACAAUCCUGCGUUUCCAAUACUGUACCAUUGUCACAACUCGGACUGUAAAUACGAGGCACUCUAGCGUCUUGCAUGGAUGAAGGAUUGUGGAAGGCUGCCUGGUGUGUGUGUGUGUGUGUGUGCGUGCGUGUGUGUCGGACCUGAAUGAAUCACCCUCUCGCCACUUACCGUCCACUCUGGACGCCAGCGCCACGGACGGCUUUCGCUUCAAACGCUGUCGUGGAAGAGAAGGGGGCGGUCUCCGCGGCGGCGCCGUCUGUAAGAGAUGCUUCACCGCGAUGACUGAAUGGCCCUCGAAACUAAUUAACGCACUGCAUUAUGUUUUUAUUAGAGUGGAUCUCUGCGGGUUAGUGUGUGUGUGUGUGUGUGUGUGUGUGUGUGUGUGUGUGUGUGUGUGUGUGUGUACUGAACGAUGCUGCAAGCUGCUAUCCAGUACUGUCCCACACCUCUGUAUGAUGUACAUUCACUAUAAUCCUCCUGUCAUCUUAACCACUAUGCUACAUAUUAAACCAAAUGUCAGCAGAUGUUCUUAAUAUGUCUGUCACCAUAUUAAAUGUUUUUUUUAUUUACGUAAUCAUUCUCG